CCGUCCAAACUGUCCGCCUGCCUAUCUCCCCGGCAUGUGUAGUGCAACUCAUCGUUGGAAUGUCUUUGCAUAGCCCCAUCCUGGAAGAAGCUCUGUGAUGUGUGGAUCGUGAGUUUGCUCAAGCAAAUUGGACUCUUUACAAGGAAUAGCUAGAUUUGAGGACUAGGAUGGAAGAGCCAGCACCAGUGGAAGGCCAGGGCCAGCUCCCAAGCCCCCACCAGGGCUCUCUGAGGAAAGCCAUGGCAGCUGCCCUGACCCUUGAUGGGGAAUCCACACUGGGUCGCAGGAAAAAGAAGAAGAAAGAGUCCCGCCCAGAAUCUAUUAUCAUCUACAGGUCAGAGAGUGAGAAACUGGAUGAGGAGCCUGGGGAAUUAGAAGGUGGAGAUCAGCCUAAAGAGGAGGAGGGAGAUGAUUUCCUAGACUAUCCUGCGGAUGAUGGUAUGUGGAACAUGCCUGUGGACAGCCGCUAUGUCACAUUAACUGGGACCAUCACCCGAGGGAAGAAAAAGGGGCAGAUGGUGGACAUCCAUGUCACGUUGACAGAGAAGGAGCUGCAGGAACUCACCAAGCCUAAAGUGUCUUCAAGGGAAAUGGCACCUGAAGGCAGAAAGGCCUGCCAGCUGGGAGCAGACCGUGGGCCCCACGUGGUCCUCUGGACGCUGGUCUGCCUGCCUGUGGUUUUCAUCCUCUCCUUCGUGGUCUCUUUCUACUAUGGCACCAUCACCUGGUACAAUAUCUUUCUUGUGUACAACGAGGAGAGGACCUUCUGGCACAAGAUCUCAUGUUGCCCCUGCCUCAUUCUCUUCUAUCCAGUGCUCAUCAUGGCCAUGGCCUCUUCCCUGGGCCUCUAUGCUGCCGUGGUCCAGCUCUCAUGGUCCUGGGGAGCAUGGUGGCAAGCUGCCCGGGACAUGGAGAAAGGCUUCUGUGGCUGGCUGUGCAGCAAACUGGGUCUGGAAGACUGUUCUCCCUACAGCAUUGUGGAGCUGCUUGAAUCUGACAAUAUCUCAGGCACUCUGUCCAACAAGGAUGCCACCCAGGAGGUAGAAACAUCCACCGUCUAAACUCCCAACAACUUACUUCAUUCUCUGGUCACAGUAGCCUGUAUAUCGU